AUGUCUACUUGCGGAGCUUCCGUUGCGCUGCACAGCAAGCAUGUUGUGGUCGUCGGCUCUGGGCUUGCGGGCCUGUCAGCGGCAUCCCAGCUCGUGCUUCAGAACGUGCCAGUCAUAAUGCUCGACAGAGCUGAAAAGCCCGGCGGUAACAGCAUGAAAGCGUCGUCCGGGAUCAAUGGCGCUCCGACGAAAUUUCAACCCUGCCCCGAUGACCAAGAAUUCUACGCGGAUACGGUGAAGUCGGCCGGAAAGCCACUUGCAUUGUCUGCGCCCAAGGACCGCGAGCUUCGCGAGCAGCUGAUUUCUACACUUACGAAAUCAUCGUCCAAUGCUGUAUACUGGCUCUCAGACGAGAAAGGAAUCGAUCUGAGCAAGGUUGCGCAACUCGGUGGCCACAGCCGGCCCCGAACCCACCGUGGUGCUGGCCAGCGGCCGCCAGGCGCUGCAAUAAUCGGAACGCUCCUCCAGUCGCUGAACGGGAACCCUUUCUUCGAACUCCGCACCAGUUCCAAAGUGACCAAGGUAUUGCGUCAGGCACAGGAGGUAGUCGGGGUGGAAUAUACGAAAGAUAAUGAAACACACACGGUGGACGGGCCAGUGGUCUUUGCAACUGGAGGGUUCGCCGGAGACAUUCAUGGAAUGAUAUCCAAAUACCGGCGUGACCUGGCGGGGCUUCCAUCCACCAACGAGGCCAGGGAAGGUUCCCAGUCUUUGCUCGAGGCCGUAGGAGCAACGCUCGUGGAUAUGGACCAGGUCCAAGUCCACCCCACCGGGUUUGUUGAUGGCAGUGACACAUCAGCGACCGUCAAGUUUCUUGCCGCAGAAGCGCUGAGAGGCGAGGGUGGUAUUCUCCUGCUCAACAACGGUUCCCGUUUUGUGAACGAGCUUGAUACCCGGGAGCACAUUACCAAUAAAAUCAUGGGAACCGAUAGUCGUCUUGAGACGGACCUUCAGCAAUGGGAUAUCACACUUCUCCUCGAUGAAGGCGCGGCGGCCGCCUUGAGCUCGCAUAUGCAAUUCUACCUAUGGAAAGGCCUCAUGCGCAAGACAACAAUCGGGGAACUUGGUGAAUCGGUACUCAACACUGUCCAGGAGUAUGCAGAUGCGGUGACUGGCAAAAAGGAUGAUCCAUUCAGCCGCACGGCGUUCGGCAAUUGGGAGCUGCGUAGUGUGCAAUCGGAAUCUAUUGUGUACGUGGGAAAGGUGACACCGGUCCUGCAUUUCACCAUGGGAGGGGUGGUGUUCAACGAACGCAGUCAAGUCUUGGAUGAUAAACGCGAGCCUAUCCGAGGUCUCUGGGCCGCAGGCGAGGUAACCGGAGGCUUACAUGGGCACAACAGACUGGGAGGCUCAUCCCUGUUGGAAUGUGCAGUCUUUGGGAGAAUUGCCGGGAAUGAAGCGGCUGCGUUUUAUCACCAGCAUUAUCUGAUUUCAUAA